AUGGCGAAGUGGGGUGAAGGAGAUCCUCGUUGGAUUGUUGAGGAACGACCUGAUGCUGUGAAUGUUAACAACUGGCAUUGGACUGAAAAGAAUGCCACUCCUUGGUCGAAGCUCCGUUUAAAGCAGUUACUGGAGGAGCAAAAAAUUGAGAAAGGUCCGAUUUUGAUCGAAUUUGGUGAGUUCAAGAAAUUGGAUGGUGAGGCUACAGCGAAUAAUCGUAAAGCGAAACUGAUCUUCCUCUUCGAAUGGAUUAUCGAAUUGAAUUUCAACGUAAAAGUGGCCGGGUCGGAUGUUGAAUAUAAAGGAUAUAUCGAAAUACCGAACUUAAGUGAUGAGAACGAAGCAGAUGAAGUCGACGUAACGUUAUCACUGGACAAGUCGGGUCCACAUGAAGCAGAAAUUCGGCAACUUUUCAAUAAGGAUGUCACGGAAUUUGUUCGCAAACAAUUGGCCGUUUACAUUCGUGAACUAAAAGAAGAGUUCAGUCAAGGUAUUAUCCUUCCUACGGAUCGUUCGAAGCCUCAAGUGGUGAGUAAGGGAAAAACCACUGUUGUUACAAGCUCAACGUCCGCAAAGGCGGUUGACAAGAAAACUUUCCAAAAUCAUGUGAGAUGGUUGAUAUUUUAUGCUUUAUUUCUUGACUUAAAUUUUUUAAUUUUUCAGUUAUGUGAUCGAUAUUUCACCCAAAACUCACAUAAAGGGUUUGUUGUUACUUCGGACAAAAGCGGUGCUCCUGCAGUGGAUGCGGCUGGCGAUGUUGAUGUGACGUCGAUUACAUCGUUAUCUGAAGAAUAUAAAAUUCAACCCAGUCGACUUUGGGAAGUGCUCACUGAGCCAGAGUUGGUAAAGAAAUGGUCCGGAACAAGUACACAGUUUGAUCUCAGCCCUAAUGGCGGAUUCUCAAUGUUUAAUUCAACGGUCACUGGACAGUUCGUUCGUAUUGAGCAGAAUAAAGAAUUGGCUAUGAAAUGGCGUUUGAAAACGUAUCCAUCGCAACAUUUUGCCAACGUUCGUCUCCUUCUGAAAGACCAGGGCGACUGUACAAAACUGGAAAUCGAAGCGAAUGGUGUACCAAAAAUGCAGUGUGAUGAAACCGAGAAUGGAUUACGCAGAUUCUAUCUUCAGAGUAUUAGUAGGACGUUUGGUUUUGGUGCGAAUAUAUUCUGA